AGAGGACUUGACAUCACUCGAAUUAAUUUUCAUGGAGCUGUGGCGAGCACACACACGGGCCAGCACUCAUUCGCUGUUGAAAAGAAGCCACGAAUUCCGUCUUCCCGAAAAAAGACAUUCUUCUAGUCUACGCUAAUCUAAUUUAAUCUCGCCAUCAAUCUACAAACUCUGCCAUAAAGAGCGGCGCCAACCCAUAAUCCAUUAAGUUGGAGUCAGUUUCAACUUCUAGACUCUAGAUUGAGCUUAGCUAAUUCUAGUUUUGCUUUUUGUCUUGCAACCCCUACGCCGGGGCCAAGCACUCCAGUAGAAUCGUGCUGGAACGCUGCGCCAUUCGUGGGUUUAGAUCUAUGGUUUCGAUUGUGGAUUGUUUUCUCGGUGGAGGUAUUGGAAGAAUUUAGACUUACUUCGGUGCCAUUUGGUGCCAAAUGAAUGUUAGUGAGGAGCUAUAUGCUGCCAAGCCUCUGCCGCGUUCUCAUUUUCUGGUUGUAAGUAGAGCUGGGGACGGGAACUGUGAGACUGCGCGAUGGUGUUAUGGCAACGCCAUUCAUGAAGCGCGCCAUUGCUUAGAUCAUGGUAUUUCAGCUCGCUCCGUGGGUUCAGCAGUUUCAUGAUACAAUUCUUUGCCGUUCAAUGCAUCCUGGAGGUUGCACCACGUAGCUGCCCGGGCAUUUCUAUCUCGCUGCUAGCUGUGAUAUUCUCGCGAAAGUUCAGGUGGGUGUCGGACAUUGGGUCAUAUUCCUGAGCACCGAAAUCGCGUGAAGGUCAUUACCACACUUGAGUGAUUUUCCGGGAUCGAUUUGAUCAAUUGCGCUUUCAAUCAUGGUGAGUGUAGUGGCCGCCGCAAGGAGGAUUUCCUCAGGAUUGUUGGGACAGGAAUCAACAAAGCGAUGGUCCUGGAGCGAUCGUCCACAUACGACUACAGUCCCCAGAUCCAUCCUUCCAGCCAUUCAAAACCUGUUGACUGGGAGGCCUUUUCGUGUAACCUGCUCUCUGUCCUCAGAGCGGCCGUCUCAACGCGGCAUUUCCCCGGAUACGAACCAGACCAUCAAACAAUCUGCUCAAGCCCGGCGCAGUAGCCUGCAAGACGUUAGGGAGUUUGAAGUUGCGGAGCAGGAUGGAAUGGAGGACUCAAAGUAUUUGAGUGGAGCGCGACCCACUGCAACACUUCAGGAAUUUUUCGAGGCCAACGCAGCUAGUGGUAGAGUAGAAUGCAGUGGUAGAGGGUGCAGGCUAAUUUACGAAAAUACCGUGCAAGUUGUUGAGCAAACCAGUUCUCUCACGCACUGCGGAUUUAAAACAAUUUCGUCGCACCUGCUUUCGGACUUCUUUACAUUGGACACCAACAGCGAUUUAAAGGAGGUUUUCGAAGCAGCGCUGCAAGAUUCCCCUUGGAACCCACACAUAAUGUCUGAGUUCGCAGGAUUCACAUGGGAUGCCAUGGGAGACCCUGACGCAGCCGAGAAGCUCUACACCCAAGCGAUCGACGCCUUGCCAGAUGAUCCUGACGUUCUUGCUAGCCAUGCCCUAUUUCUGUGGCAUAGUGAUCAGUAAGCGCGGCGACCAAUCUGCAUCCAAUCUGUGCUACUUCGGCAUUCUGCAGACUCCUCGUUAUAUUUUCUAUUGAUCACCAUUCGUGCACACCCGGCAAGAUACUUCGUAAUCUUGCACAGUGAGUGUUUGUAAAACGACGCAUGAUCUAGUGAUAGCAUCGAUAUGCUUCCAUCUGCUAUGUUGCCAGCUUCAGUGUAGGCAGUGGACCACAACAUUGUUUACAGAAUUUGUCUAGAUUUGUUUCAAUUUUGUGCGUGGCGUCGUUUGAAUUGAAAUUCUUCACGUUCCCAACCGCCGUGAUGGCGUAAUUCCAUCUCA